AUGCUUGGCGCUCUGCGUACUAGAGCAAGCGAUGCUCGCUUCUUGAAAUGGUACCGCUACAGCAAUUUGCCCCAAGAAUUGGAAGGCAGUGACGAGGAGUACGCCAUCAAUAAAGACGCAGCCUUGUGUCCAGAAAGGCCGUGGUACAAAUCGCUCUCGAGAGCCCUGCUGUGGAACAUUGCUGUCUUCAGCUUAUUGACCCUCGCCUUCUGGUUUGUCGGCAGGAAGCCCACGAAACCAGCUGUAUUUCCUCCUACUUUGCCGAUCACUAUCCCAACCACGUUUCUUGCAAGCGAUCAUUUUAUGUCAGAAAAGUCUCCGGAAUCCGACGCAGCAUGGGAGAGCUUAAUGCCAGAGGGUCAUGGCUUUGUUCUGGUUGAGCAUCUAGAGGCCUUCAACUUACUAUCGCCUGGUAUCCCCACAAACGGGAUGCUCCGAGAAAGCUACUACGCGGCCCAAUCUGGGAGAGCGCCGAAAAUCUACCAGGAAGACAAGCUGCCGGCAGAGAAGCAAGAGCAUGCACAUGGUGUGCAUGUUGGGCAUUGUUUUGACUACCCUAGGCAGGCGAUACAAUGUGCAGGAGACUUGACUUUGGAGCCGUCCGCGCAGUCUAGUACGGGCCAGGUCCUCGGCACCGUCGACGGCUGGGGUGUAACGCAUAUGUGUCGGAGUUGGGAUGAUGCUGUGAAAUGGACGUUGGAGCACAAGGCACCCCACAAUGAGGGAGGCAUAGCUUGA